CUCUGGUCUUCCUCCUCACCUCACCUCCUCCUCGAGACUCACACUCAACACUUGACUCAACAACAACACCUCACUCAGAGUCACAACUCAUAUUAAGACUUUCACAACAAACAUCUCCUGAAGAUGAAGGUCACAAAACAUCUUAUAUUUAUCGCCUCGCUAGUUGCGUCAUCCUGGGCGGUCAACCUAAAUUAUUUAACUCCAACGAACGGCUUCAAUGGUGGCAACGGUAAUGGUAACGGUAAUGGAGGUUAUAAUAAUGGAAUUAAUGGAAAUGGCAACGGAAAUGGGUUAGUCAAUGGAAAUGGUAACGGAUACGCCAAUGGUUUAAAUGGAAAUGGUGUGAUUGUAAACGGUAAUGGAAAUGGUAAUGGAUAUGUAAAUGGCGGAAAUGGUAACGGAGUAUAUACAAACGGCAAUGGAAACGGAGUAAUCAACGGAAAUGGUAACGGAUACACCAAUGGUGGUUAUGGCAACGGUAAUGGACUUAUUGUCAACGGCAACGGUGUUGUUAACGGAAACGGAUAUGCCAAUGGAAAUGGUAAUGGUUUUGUCAACGGCAACGGUGGUGUUAACGGGAACGGAUAUACCAAUGGAAAUGGUAAUGGUUUAGUCAACGGCAAUGGUGCUGUUAAUGGGAACGGAUAUGCCAAUGGAAAUGGUAAUGGUUUAGUCAACGGCAACGGCGCUGUUAACGGGAACGGAUACUACAACGGCAUCGUGGGCCCCAUCAGCGCCCUUGCAGAUGCUAUUGGAGGUGGUGGCGUCCCCGGCGUGGACUAUCCCAUCCUGGCUUCUGUCCCCUUCACUGGAUUCUCCUGCGGCGGACUAAUACCCGGAUACUACGCUGAUACUGCCCUCGAGGCCGGCUGUCAGGUGUUUCACAUCUGUCAGGCAGAUGGCAGGAGCGACUCCUUCCUGUGUCCCAACGGCACCAUCUUCUCCUUCCUGUGUCCCAACGGCACCAUCUUCAACCAACAGUUCUUCGUGUGUGACUGGUGGUACAACUUUGACUGUUCCACCGCCCCGCAGUUCUACAGUCUCAACGCUCAGAUCGGAGUGGUCAACGGUAAUGGCAACGGAUACUCCAACGGCAUCGUCAAUGGCAUUAUUAACGGUAACGGGAUUUACGGUAACGGAGCAAAUGGCAAUGGUGCAGUAAACGGAAAUGGUGUCGUCAACGGUAAUGGAAACGGAUACGCUAAUGGCAAUGGUUAUGCUAAUGGCAACGGUAAUGGCAAUGGAUACGUCAAUGGUGCAGUAAAUGGAAAUGGACUCAUCAAUGGCAAUGGCAACGGUUAUGCUAAUGGCAACGGUAAUGGCAAUGGAUACGCCAAUGGUGCAGUAAAUGGAAAUGGACUCAUCAAUGGUAAUGGCAACGGUUAUGCUAAUGGAAACGGCAAUGGCAAUGGAUAUGCCAACGGUGCAGUAAAUGGAAAUGGUCUCAUCAACGGCAAUGGCAACGGUUAUGCAAAUGGCAACGGUAAUGGAAUUAAUGGCAACGUAAAUGGAAAUGGUCUUAUCAACGGUAAUGGUAAUGGUCUUAUCAACGGCAACGGUAAUGGAUACACUAACGGUAACGGAAUCAACGGAAAUGGAAACGGAUACACCAACGGUAAUGGAAACGGUAACGGAUACGCCAAUGGCAACGGUAAUGGUAUUAUCAAUGGGAACGGUAAUGGACUUUUCAAUGGCAACGGUAAUGGUCUCAUCAACGGCAACGGUAAUGGAUACACCAACGGCAACGGAGUCAACGGGAACGGGUUGAGCAUACCGGCGCCAGCCUCUCCCUCCGGCCUGUACCAGACGCCCGCCUUCUAAGUGUUGCCUCCCACAUCUGUCUCAACUCUUACAAACUUUUUGUUAUCAUACACCGAAGCUGCAGUUAGAGGACAUUUGUCUGUGUCUUUCACUACUUCCAGGAAUUAAUAUAUGUGAGAGAUGUCAGCUUUACCUUCCUUAAGAGGCAGCUAAAACGACUAAGCUAACCAGCUGAGCCUGACAUGGCAGGGUCAGGACCAUAGUAUGCUGUACCUAGUAACUAUGUACUGUACAUGCUUGCUCUAGUUCUCACUCUUUUAUCUGCAACUUAAUAAACUUAUGUACUUAUAUAAAGUUAUAAUACAUUUACAACUUAUGUUGCACCUGUGGACAUGAGCGUCUUUUUCUAAAUUAUUAAUUGCGGUGUUCUAAAAAAUAAUCCAGGAAAUCUUGUAUAAAUCUUUGUGAUUCAGUUAACAGUAUUUUUUCUGUAUAAUAAAUAACUCGGUCGUGGUUUCAAGUUAAUUAAAUUACUUCAUUAUCUGCUGUAUGUUCUAAAGUAUUGUUAUAUUGAGGUGUGGUCAGGGAGCUUAAAAUGUUUUCCAAAAAUUAACUUGUUACUUGUUAAGAGUUCAACUAAAUCUUUACUCGAGAUUAAUCAAUAUUUUGUUUAUUAUAUAUAAUUACAAAGUGUAGUUGACAACCUUUAUUUGUUGCUUCAAGAUGCUUAUUAUAUUUUCUUAUGACAAAUAUAAUCUAAAAAAAUAAUAAAUAAUAUUAUUA